CUCCAUGAAGAAUGAGGGAAGAAAGGAAGAUGAAAGAUGUACAGAAGCAAAACCCGCCUUGACUCUAAGACAAGUGAUAUGUCUGGUGGCGAUCGGCGGCACCAAACUCCUGAAUGGAAUGAUGUCUGGCUGGCCCGCGGUUUUGCCCAAGAUGCAGGAGGACCAAAGCAGGUUCACGGUGACGGACGAGGACGUGGCCUGGAUCAUUUCCCUGAUGUUCAUCAUGGGCUUCGUGGUCUCCCCCCUGGCGGGCUUCGUAGCGGAGCACGUGGGUCCGCGGCGCCUGCUGGUCAUCGCGAUGUUCCCUGUGUCCGGGUUCUGGCUCCUGCAGGCCUUCAGUCCGUACCUGUGGCUCCUGUACCUCGGCAGGGGCCUUCUCGCGUCCACUGCCACAGUAACAUUCACCAUCGUGCAGCCCUUGGUGGUAGAGCUCUGCCCGCUGAGAAUCAGGGGUCUGGCUUCGGUCCUGCCAGAGCUGUUCCACUGCAUUGGACUGCUGGCGUCCUACCUGCUGGCUUCUCUGCUGUCCUGGGACAUGGCUACUGCCAUUUCCGCUGCCCCGUUCUUGCCCUUGUCUCUGAUGGUACUGCUUGUACCAGAGUCACCUUACUGGCUUGUGAGAAAGAAUAAGAUCGACGAAGCUGAGAGAUCUUUGAGGCUUCUGUUGGGACGCGACGGCGAUGUGGCUCAAGAACUGGAGGCGAUCAGGAGCACGACGACCCAGCGGCAGAGUGAAGUUAAGGACCAGGUAAGGGAGCUUCGCAAGGCCAAAAAUGCUAUACCAGUUGUUCUGAUGCUCAGCGUGUUCAUGCUGCGAGAGCUCGGCGGGAAAGGGCCGGUCUUCAGCUACACCGUGUACAUAUUCCGCAAGGCAGAGGUGGAACUGGACGCAUUUUAUUGCACAGUUUUCGUCGGUGUUGCUCGACUUGUAAGCACGUGCGUGUCUGCUUGCUGUCUGGACCUGGUCGGUCGCAAACGCCUUCUCGUGGCGACGGCAGUGAUGUGCGCAGUGUCGGAGGGCGUCGCCGGAGCCUUCCUCUUCCUGGAAGUGGAGGGGUUCGCGUGGGUGCCCCUGACAUCUGUAAUUGUCUUCGUGAUCGGCUAUGGGAUUGGUCUCGGACCCAUUCCCUGGACAUAUCUCGGCGAACUCCUGCCGACACCCGUCAGGUCUCUGGGAGCUGCCUUGAUCACUUUUAGUUACUCCAUUAUUUACUUUAUCGUAAACAUUUUGUUCCUGAAAGUGAUCUCUUCCCUCGGCCUGGGAUUGACGCUGCUGAUAUUCGGCACAGCUAAUCUGGCUAUCGCCAUGAUAGUCCUGUUGUUCAUUCCCGAGACCAAAGGGCGGACUUUGCAAGAUAUGGAAAAGGCCUUCUCAUCCAGGA